AUGUCAUUUCAGUCUGACAACGAUUUGGAGAGUGUCAUUGGAAAAACAAAUAACAAGGGAGAGUGGCUACCACUGCCGGAAAAGGAAAAUCUCAUGCCAGACCUGUCACGUCUUGAUCCAGACGAAGUAGACAGACAAGACACCGACUAUGAUGACUAUCUUGUCUUCGAAGGUCAUCAUUAUCGCGUGUCUGCAAAGGAUGAAGCUGCUUUUGAAGAACUACGACUGAUGAGCUACGCUGAACCUCGUGCAAAACGUCGUCGAGUCGAAGAGAAGAGAGAUGGUCAGGAUUUCGAUAAACCGUUGCUGUCUGCUAAAAAGCGCCGCCGUAGAUUCAAAGGAUUCCCUCUGGGCAACGCCAGCUCAUUUGCGAAUAUAGACGAGCUACCAGACUAUAAACUGAUCAAGGAUUUUCCCUCUCCCGUCGUAUACUUCGUUGAUCUUCCCGCCAACUGCAAAAUCAGACGCCCAAGUUUCACUUCUAUUUUGAGCGCGACUGGUCAUUUGAAAAUAUAAGG